GUUUCUCCACCUGGAUUAGUAAAAUGUAUGUGAGCCGUAAGCAGUGGAACUUAGGCAACAUGUGCAGCAAUCAUCAGCAGCUGUUUCAACUAAAGACUUUAAGAAAGUUGAUGUACUGCAGUACUGUCAUCACCAUCCUCUCUCUCAUCCUGCUGUUCUUUAAUUACAGGGUCGACUGGAUCGAGUUCUACGGAUCAACCAGUGAGCCUCAGAUCUUAGUGCAACUUGCAGUGCCUCAACAAUGUGUUCAAGGACAAAUAGUUCCUCAGGGUCAAAAGGUGGCAGUCAACAGGACAAAAACGCUGCUCAUAUCAGCUUAUCAGGAGCACCGUACAAACAGAAAGGAG